AUGCUGUCGCGGUCCUCCCUCAGCCGAAAUGCGCCGCGUGCGCUCUCCGCCGGCCGUCGGGCCAUGGCCUCUGCUGCCAACCCGACUUUCCAGUACGAUGUCUCCGAAGCUGCCGGUGUGAAGGUCGCCAACCGUGAGGUUGCUGGUGCUACUGGUACUCUGGCUCUGGUGGCCAAGGCUGGUUCUCGUUACCAGCCCUUCCCUGGCUUCUCCGAUGCCCUCGAGAAGUUUGCCUUCAAGUCUACUCUCAAGCGGUCUGCUCUGCGGAUCACUCGUGAGGUCGAGCUGCUGGGCGGUGAGAUCUCGUCGACACACUCGCGCGAAAACGUCGUUCUGCGUGCCAAGUUCCUCGCGAACGACCUCCCAUACUUCACAGAGCUGUUGGCCGAGGUUGCCAGUCAAACCAAGUUCGCUGACCACGAACUGAGCGAGCUUGUCAGCCAACUCCUCAAGUACAAGCAGCAGGCUCUCUUUGCCAACCCCGAGAACGUUGCCCUCGAUGCCGCCCACGGCGUUGCUUUCCACCGCGGUCUGGGUUCUCCCAUCACCCCCUCCCAGACCAACCCCUAUGAGAAGUACGUCUCGGCCGAUGCCUUGGCCCAGUUCGCUCAGGACGCCUAUGCCAAGUCCAACGUGGCUCUCGUUGCCAGCGGCCCGAACUCCGCUGAGGUCUCCAAGUGGGUUGGCCAGUUCUUCAAGGACCUGCCCACCGGCACCGCCUCCAGCCAGUACAAGGUCCAGCCCACUGAGGCCUCCAAGUACUUCGGUGGUGAGCAGCGCAUCGCCUCCAAGACCGGAAACGCCGUCGUGAUUGCCUUCCCCGGCUCCAGCGCCUUCGGCACUGCUGGCUACAAGGCCGAGGCUUCCGUCCUGGCUGCUCUGCUGGGAGGUCAGUCCACCAUCAAGUGGACCCCCGGCUUCUCUCUCCUGUCCAAGGCCACCCAGGGCUUCUCCCAGCUCAAUGUCUCGACCCAGAACCUGGCCUACUCUGAUGCCGGUCUCUUCACCGUCACCCUUUCCGGCCAGGCCGACCAGGUUGGCGCUGCCACCAAGAACGUCGUCGAUGCCCUGAAGAAGGCUGCCGCCGGCGAGGUUUCCAGCGAGGAGAUCAAGAAGGCCACUGCCCUUGCCAAGUUCCGCGCCCUGGAGUCUAUUCAGACCCUGGAGACUGGCCUCGAGGCCACCGGCUCUGGUCUCAUCCACGGUAACAAGCCCUACCAGAUCGGCGAGAUCGCUCAGGCCAUUGAGAAUGUCUCUGAGCAACAGGUCAAGGAGGUUGCCAAGUCCUUCCUUACUGGCAAGGCUACCCUCGUCAGCGUUGGUGACGUCUUCCAGCUCCCCUACGCCGAGGACCUUGGCCUGACGGUUUAA